UUUCCGUUUGUCAUUGUCAACUGGUUUGCUUAGGUUAUUUUCUGAUAAUUUGGAAGCCAGAAUUCUAAGUGAAUCAAUACAAGCUUUUAGUUUUUAUGUGAUUUCUCGAAAUCUGGAUCAAAUUUAUUGAUAUUAAAGUAUUGGGCUUGUUGGAGCACAAACUAAGUGUUUUUGUUUAACAAAAUGAGCGAUGCCAAGUCAUUUUUGCAUCAAUUUUGCCAGAAGAACAAGGUUGAACCUAGCUUUGAAGUGAGGCCGACCGGUCCGAAGCAUCGUCAACGUUUUCUUUGCGAGGUGAGAAUUAAUGGUCACACUUAUGUGGGUGCUGGAAACUCCACAACCAAAAAGGAUGCUCAAAGCAAUGCUGCAAGAGAUUUUGUCAACUAUCUCGUGAGAGCAGGAUUGGUAGCCCGAGGUGACAUUCCAUUUGACUUGGAUGCAGCUCCUGUACUGCUAACUACCCUUGCAAGUGAAUCAGUAAAUGAUGGCAAUAAGCCUCAGCAUCAGGUAUUUGAGCAAGGAAUGGGCCCGGAAAAGUUGGGCGAAGCUUAUCGACCCAGAGGGGCUCAGCAAGAUAAUUGGCAUUACAUGGAUCGUGCACAGGAACAGCAACGUAUGGAAGAAGCAGAAGAUUUAGACGUUAAUGCUGGCAUCCAUGGAAAUUGGACCGUGGAGAAUGCUAAAUCAAAAUUGCACCAAUUUAUGCAAACCAACAAGAUCAAUGCUGAUUACAAAUACACCCAAAUUGGACCCGAUCAUGCUAGGACAUUUGUGGCAGAAAUAAGCUUUUAUGUGAAGCAACUAGGACGUGUUGUGCAUGGGAGAGAUGGCGGCUCCAAUAAACAAACUGCCAGUAAAAGUUGCGCCCUUUCAAUGGUCAGGCAGCUUUUUCAUCUUGGCGUUAUUGAGGCGUUUUCAGGAACUUUAAAAAAGCAAAAAAAUGCGGCGGAAAUGCCGCCGUUUCCAGUAAAAUUGUCACCAGAAUUGAGGCAGCAAGUUCAGAAUGUUUUAGAUGAGUUGGGGAUUUGUAUUAAUGAAGUCAAUGUGAAAGCUGACCAAUCUGCUUCCUUGCUGUCUAGUCACGUUUUGGACGAUUUUCAUCCUGCUCCAUCCUCUCAGGCUGGAGUGGUAAUUUGGUCUCCACCACAACAGAAUUGGAACCCGUGGACCGGUUGCAAUAUAGAUGAAGGCUUUUUGGCAACUGCCUCCAUGGAUCAAAUUAGUGAACACAUGUUAGAAGAAGCUAAAUUGAAACAGACCAGUGAUACGAAAUUACAGCAAAACGCCAUUGAUAGACAAAAGUUGCCGGUGUUUAAUUGCAAAGCUGCAAUUAUGGAAGCGAUCAAUGAAAAUCCUGUGAUUAUUAUCAGAGGAAAUACUGGUUGUGGUAAAACCACGCAAAUAUGCCAAUUUAUUCUGGAAGAUUACAUAAUGUCAGGUCAAGGAGCAUGUUGUAGUAUAGUAGUGACUCAACCCCGUCGAAUUUCUGCGGUUUCUGUGGCCGAGCGAGUCGCUAACGAAAGAGCAGAAGAUUUAGGGCAGUCUAUCGGAUACUCUGUAAGAUUUGAAUCUGCAUUGCCGAGACCAUAUGGAUCAGUACUCUUCUGUACAGUGGGAGUGCUUUUAAAAAAAUUGGAAAAUGGCUUGAGAGGCGUGAGCCAUGUAAUAGUAGACGAGAUUCAUGAGCGUGACGUUAAUAGUGAUUUUAUUAUGGUGGUACUCCGCGACAUGGUUCACACUUAUCCAGACCUUAGAGUUAUAUUGAUGAGCGCUACAAUCGAUACAACUUUAUUUUCAAAGUACUUCAACAAUUGCCCGGUAAUUGAAAUAGAAGGACGGGCUUUUCCGGUUAAGCAAUAUUUCUUGGAAGAUUGCAUUGAGUUGACCGGAUUUGUACCUUCAAUGGAACAAAAAAAGAAAAAUAAAUCGAAGAAAGAUGAAGAAGGAGAUGAAGAUACUUUAACAGCAGAUGACACAGAUGAAAAUUUGAACGCUGUCAUUGCCCCUUCGUACAAGGCACAGACUAAAAACGCUAUGGCUAGAUUAAGCGAAAAAGAAAUAAGCUUUGAAUUGAUGGAAGCCUUAUUGGGAUACAUAAAGCGGCAAGAUAUUGAAGGUGCUGUUUUAGUGUUUCUGCCUGGAUGGAACUUAAUUUUUGCGAUGUUGAAACAUUUGCAAAAUCAUCCGAUAUUUGGGAGCUCCCAGUAUAUGAUUAUGCCGCUCCACUCGCAAAUCCCACGCGAAGACCAAAGAAAAGUUUUCUUGCCUGUACCUGCUUCAGUAACCAAAGUCAUAUUGGCUACAAACAUCGCAGAAACGUCCAUUACCAUUGACGAUGUGGUGUUUGUGAUUGAUAGUUGCAAGGCAAAAAUCAAAAUGUUCACUUCACACAACAAUAUGACCAGCUACGCUACUGUGUGGGGAUCGCGAACGAACUUGGAGCAAAGAAAAGGUCGUGCUGGACGUGUAAGGCCAGGCAUUUGCUUUCAUUUGUGUUCUAAAGCAAGAUUUGAUAAACUGGAUGAACACAUGACUCCCGAAAUGUUUAGAACACCAUUGCACGAGCUUGCGCUUAGCAUUAAACUACUGAGGCUUGGAGCUAUCGGACAUUUCUUAUCCAAAGCUAUUGAAUCUCCUCCAUUGGACGCUGUAAUUGAGGCUGAAGUUCUCUUGAAAGAAAUGAAAUGUCUCGACGAAAAUGAUGAACUAACUCCUUUAGGACGUAUCCUUGCAAAGCUUCCUAUCGAACCGAGAUUGGGAAAGAUGAUGGUUUUAGGUUGCAUUUUUAUGUGCGGUGGACCGCUGGCUACUAUGGCAGCAAAUUCUUCUACUUUUCCGGAAAUUUUCACUUUGGAUAUGGGUCAAAAAAGAUUAGCCGGACAUCAAAGGGCUUUGGCUGGAGAUAGACAUUCUGAUCACGUUGCCAUGCUCACGGCAUUUGAGUUAUGGGAUCACGCUAGACAGGGAGGUGAAGAAGCGGAACAGCGAUUUUGCGAUUACAAAGGAAUAAGCUUGUCAACGAUGAGAGUUACGUGGGAAGCCAAGCAUCAACUGCAACAGAUCUUGAAUAAUUGCGGAUUUCCUGAAGAAACGAUGGCGCCCAUGUCCAUGGAAACUGUAGGACCGGAUCCUAAACUCGAUAUUAUUAUGUCCUUUAUGUGCUACGGCUUGUAUCCUAAUGUCUGCUUUCAUAAAGAAAAGCGGAAGGUUCUGACUACUGAGAGUAAGGCUGCUUUGAUCCACAAGACAUCGGUGAACUGCAGCAAUUUUGAACAGAACUAUCCAUACCCGUUUUUCGUUUUCGGCGAAAAAAUUCGUACUCGAGCCGUAUCGUGUAAACAAAUGUCGAUGGUGACACCGCUUCAUCUUCUGCUGUUUGGUUCAAGAAAGGUGGAAUGGGUGGAAGGUGUUGUUCGUCUAGACAAUUGGAUUAAUUUAGACUUGGAUCCCCACAUUGCAUCUGAGAUAGUCGCUCUAAGACCGGCCCUGGAAAGUCUUGUGGUAAGAAUUUCUCAAAAUCCAGAAGAGAUCAUGGAUCUGAACGAACAAGAUCAGAAGUUAGUCGCUUGCAUCAAGGAAUUAUGCAAACUGAAUGCGGGCAGUUUCGGCAUUGAAAAACAACCAACUGCGUCUAGUAAUAUGGGUAUGGGUAAACGGCCCCCUAGAGGACAUUCGCUAGGAUCCUACUCAGGGCCUCCGCCAAAAAUGUUCCGCGGUGGAAGAGGUGGUUAUGAUGGACGAGGAGCAUAUGCUCGAGGUGGAGGCGGAUACGGCGGUGGUGGAAGCGGAUACAGAGGCGGAUAUGGACGUGGUGGAGGUGGAUAUAGAGGAGGUGGAUAUGGUAGAGGCGGAUUUAUGGGCCGUGGAGGCUACUAGCUUAUACAAUUGAUCUUAUAUAUCAAUUUAGAGUAACUAUUUAUAUGUAGCAUUUAAUUGAAAAUACUUUAAGUUUGUUGGACCUUUUGACAAAACUUAUUUUUUUUGUUAUUUGGUUUGAAUAAGUUCUCUAUAAGAAACUGUGGAAAAGUAUUAAUAAAAGAGUUUAAGACGCA